ACAAAUUAAAAGACACAGCUCUAGGUAGUGGCCGUCCAUUGUCGAUCUUGCCUUUUGCUCACAUCUCUCAGUCGGUGUGUGCUCCUCUGGCUGAGAUCCCAUUGCCGCCGUCGCUCCUCCGUCCAUCUACAUACAUAAGCAGUUAAUCAGGGAAGAAGAUCCACAGAUCACAAGCUUGCAACAGAUCAUUGCUGUCGCCCGUUCAGUUCCAUCAGCAUCAAAGCCGACGGUUUCCUCGCUCUGCAGAGUCGAGUGCCCGCCAUGGAGGUGGGCAUCGAGGCGGCGCGUUGGGUGGUCGGAAAGGCCCUGGGAGCCGCCUCGGGCGGGGUGCUGGAGGCCUGGGCGGCGAGCUCCGAGCUCGGCCCCAACAUCCGGGCUCUCAGGAUGGAGCUGCUCUACGCGCAGGGGAUGCUCAGCAAUGCCCGCAGCCGCGGCUACGGCCACGGCCCGGAGAUCCAGAACCCGGCCCUGGGGGAGCUGCUCCGGGAGCUGCGGGACCAGGCGUACCGGGCCGACGACGUGCUGGACGAGUUCGACUACUUCCGCAUCCAGGACGAGCUCGACGGCACCUACCAUGCGGCGGACGAGCACGCCGGGGGCUGCCUCCGAAACCACGCUCUGAAUGCUCGCCACACCGCCAGAAACAUCAGGAAGAUGCUUGCUGGCUUCUCCAAGUGCUCCAGCAGCUCUGCUGAGCACGAUGAGCAAGAUGAAGAAGACAACACGAGCGGCCGAGGAGUCAAGUGUGGAGCUUGCCCAUGGCCAUGCCUUGGCCGCAAAACAACUCUUGAUGAUGAUGAUGAGCAAGAAGAAGAUGCAGGCCGCCGAGGAGCUCUGUGUGGAGCUGUGAGGAAGAUGCUGGGCUCCUCCAAGUGCUGCAGCAGCUCUGCUGACCACGAUGAACAAGAUGAAGAUAAUACAAGAGGAGUCAAGUGUGGAGCUUGCCCAUGCCUUGGCCGCAAACUUCCUUCUGAUGAUGAGCAAGAAGAAGAUGCAGGCGGCCGUGCAGCUCUGUGUGGAGCUGUCUGGCCGUGUGGAAGGGCAAGGGCCACCCCGGCGCUGCCAAGGCCACCGCCGACCAACCAGAGUGACCAGGCGGUUCACGCUGGCUGCAUGGCUAGGAUUUCCUCCGUUGCCUCUGACAUCAUCAACACUGUCGGUAAACACCUUCCAUGCUACCCUGACAACUCCAAUGCUGCAUCACCUGGACGUCGAUUCCUCUGUUGUGCCCGUCCCAACAUGGCACCACAGAGGGAACACGACGUGCAGGCACCAGAACUCAAGUUCGAUAGGGUUGAGAUGUCUCGAAAGAUGAAGGAGAUUGUAGAGCAGUUGAAGCCACUGUGUGCCAAGGUAUCAGCAAUUCUUAAUCUAGAACUGUUGGCAGCCAACUGCAGUGCUCCCCAGCGCACGGCCACAAGUCGGCCCGUGACCACCUCAAAGUCUAUAGAGCCUCAACUUUGUGGGAGAAAGGAUGAGAGAAGUGAUAUUAUUCAUGACAUUACUAAGGAAAGACAACUCUAACACAAUACAUAUAUAAUGAUGAUGAAGUACAGAGACAUUUUGAAAUAAAAUUGUGGGUAUGUGUAUCAGUCAAUUUCAGUGUGUAUAGAUUGACACAAGAGAUUGCAAAUCAACUCAAAAUAGACAUAAAGGAUAGUCCAGAUA